AUGAAAGCUUCAAACUCAAGUUUAAUUCCAACUGCACAACGGCAUUCGAGUAAAUUGCCUUCGAAUUCACGAAUGCAAACUGGACGACAACAGCAACUAAUACUAUCCUCAACGAAAAAAAUUAAACGAAGAAAAAAAUGUCAUGGUAAUCGUAAACUACAACGUUUUAGAAAGAAAUGUUAUAAACGUGGUCUAACCAAAGAAGAAACACAACACUUAAUUAAUGAAUAUAAUCAUAGUCAUCAAGGUCAAAAUCAAACCAAUAAUGAAAAGAAGAUACAAGCGACAACAGUUGAAAAAAUGGAAGUAUCCACUGACUUGAAUUAUACUACCAAUGGGAAUGAAACAACAACAACAGCAACAAAAUCAAAUAAACGUAAACAACAACAACGGACACCUUCAUCAAGUCAAUGA